UUCGAUUUAGCUGCCUUAUCAAUCGGCGCAAAUUCGCGUUAAUGCCAAAAAGAAAGCAAUAAAUAAAAACAAAUACAAACAUAAGAAUAACAACAAAUAAUUCAGUGCAGGCUAGCCAGAGUUCCGUUGCAGACGUGCAACAUUCCCUAGUGCUCGAUACGCGUAAAGUUGGGCAAGUGGCAAGUUUAACAAAAGACGGAAACGGAAACGUCAUCGUCGCCGUUGCCGUUGCCGCCUUCGUCGUCGUCGGUUUAGUCUGUUAGUCAGUCAGUCAGUCAGCCAGACCAGUGCGCGUUAUAUCAUCACUCGAGCAUUGCAGCAGACGACGCCACGCCCACAUUUGCCACCACACAAACUUUUGGGGGUGACGUAAAUGAGCGAGCAGGGCGAUAUACCAUUGACUCAAAAUAGCACGCCGGACACCAGACCGCCCUGCAGCAUUAUCUCCAUAAUACCAACGAUAGGGAUGUCAUCAUGCCGUGGACGGGCCGAGGCGUUUGCGCGAAGCCUUUCCUCUAAGCUGCGCACCCUGGGAUCACAGGCCAAUGAGGAGGGCGUAAAUGCAGAGGAUGAGCCCAUUAUAAAUGGCAGCAACACCAACACCUGGAUGAAUGCACAUGAAGCCGAACAGACUGUCACCGAUCUGCAGCCGCUGCGCCAUGAGUCCGAUUCGUUUUUCGACUUUGACUGCGAACUGGAGUCGCCGGGCAGUCCGGUGGAUGAGUGCGAGUACCUGCGUCUGAUAGAAACCGCUUCAAAUACGCCGCACAACUCCACCGCCGAAUCGGGCUAUGCCUGCGCCUCCGUUGCCAGCAGUCACAGCAGCACAGAUGGUCCCUACUUCGACGCUGCCGCCGGCAGCAGCAGCAACAUCCAAGUCGCUGUAGCCGAGCAGCUGCUGGUCACCACACAGCCACUCACGGCCACAACUCACAGCCAGGACACUACAGACUACACGCACGUGAAUGGCACACGAGAGUUGCUGACAAAUGGCGAAAAGGAACAGCAAGAUGAACUGGAGGCGGCGGAGCAGCAGCAGCAACCACAACAGUUGCAGGAGGAUGAGUCACAGCUGCAGGCGCAGAUACUCAGCGAGCUGCAGCAGCACAGCGACAGCUUGAAGAUUGCGGACAAGGCAGAGCAAGAGCAAACUACAUUGCUAAAUGGGCAUAUGGAGCAGAUGGAAAAGCAGCUGCUGCAACUAACAGAAGAAGAAAAAGAAAUCACAACAACAACAACAGCUGCAACAGCAACUGCAACAGAAGAAGCAGAAGCUGCAGUAGCAGCUGCAGCUGUGCCGCAGACAGAGGUGCCGGAAUGCAGCCAGGAUGAGGUGGACAACAAGCGUGUGGUGGAGUCUGCAUUAGCUCUGAAUGUGGAUCUGGCACAGCUGGAGCAGGCGAAGCAAGAUGCUGCAACGGCCGUAGCUGCAGCGGCGGCGUCAGCGACAGCAGGAAAAGCGCAAGAGAAGAGCAGUCAUGGCACCGACACGACAGAUGAUGAGGAUGACUGCCGGCCGCAGCGCGUGCGUCGUUGUUCCUCGCUGAAGACGGGCAAGACUCCACCCGGCACACCGGGACGCAAGAAGAUCGUGCGCUUUGCCGAUGUGCUCGGCUUGGACUUGGCGGAUGUGAAAACUUUCUUGGACGAGAUACCUACCAUACCAAAGUCUGCGUUCGAGGAUCUGGAAAUACUUGAUACGGAGCCGCCAAUGCAGCUGGGCCCCAAGUCGGACAAGCUGCUGAUGCCGCUGUUCCAGCAGCCGGGCGGCCUGGUCACAUUCCUCGACGCUGUGCGCGAGAAGCAGGUGUCCCUGGAGAAUGCCGCCGUCAGCGAUAGCAUCAACCAGACGAUCUCCGGAUCGGUGCGGGUGCGCAAUUUGGACUUUCACAAAUCGGUGCAUGUGCGCUACUCGCUGGACGGCUGGCGCAGCUUUGCCGAUCUGCAGGCCAACUAUGUGGAGAACUCCUGCGAUGGCUUCUCCGACAAGUUCACCUUUGUGCUCUUCGGCAAUUCGCUGCACGUGGGCCAGCGUUUGGAGUUUGCCGUGCGCUUUCAGUGCAAGGGCCAACAAUUUUGGGAUAACAAUUAUGGCGCCAACUACUGCUUCCAGUGCUUGCCCACCUCGACGCACACGGCAUCGCCAGCGUCCAUGGUGACUGGCGCCGUCUCCAACUUGCAUACGAGCAACCUGGUCGGCAUGCUAAGCCCCACGGCGGGCGAUGCCUGGUGCAGUUCGUUCUAUUAACUACACUAGUGCUAAACGCUAGUUAGUCCAUGUCAGCAUAGGCUUAGACGUAGACGUAUACGUAGACAAAGGCGGGGCAAAGGGCAGGGAAGGCACCAAGGAGGCAGUAGAGGGCGCGGACGUGGACGCGGACGCAGACGCGGACGCGGGUCGUUGCCAAGCAAUGCGCCGUCAAUGCUUCGAAUGUUUCUACGUUCGCCUUGACGACGUGUGUGCUCUUGGGCGUCUGCCACGGCCAGAGAACAAAGUGAGAUCCAACCAAUCCACUCCACAUCAACAUAACCAAAGCCCCUUACCCUCCCCCUUCCACGUACCCAUAACCCUUAAGCUUUCACUCACUCACUCACUCCUUCCCUCAGCUUGAAUGAAAGGCAGAAUGUUUAUAUUUUUAUAGAGCGUAAAGAAAUGGCAGCUGGAAGAAAGUCGUUGAAUAAGCAGAUCG